AAGUGUGCACGCACAAGCACACAUGCUCGCACACACCCUCUUGCGCGCAUGUUGAUUUAUGGAAACAAUUAUGAUUCUGUUGCAGUCUUUCGGAGCUACGAAAGUUUGUAGCUACAGUAGAGCGUCUCAUGUUGCAAAAGGCAGACAACAGAAAUGGAAUACUUGUGUGUCCAGCUGUUAUCAACAGGAGAAACACGAACAGUGAAUACAAGUAGCAAAGGAGGUCACAGCAGCCGAGGUUAUUGCAACCUGUUUCUUUAAAGGAUAUCCUGGCUGAAAGGAUUUUUAAAGGUCAGUUCUCUUUGAUACCUGCAUCUUAAAAGAAGUCAGGACCAGAAUUCUGGAAGAAGGAACAGUUGCUGGUUAAAUCGCUACAAUUCAAGGGAAAGGCAGAGGACAGGUCAAUGACCAAAGAGCGACGAUCUACUGAAGACGGAUUUUUUUCAUUAUGUUGUUCGUGAGUACCCAGAACACUGCACUAUAAUGCACAAAUGGAUAUUGACAUGGAUCCUGCCAACUUUGCUCUACAGAUCAUACUUUUACAUUAUCUUCCUCGUGGGCGCUAUAUCACUACCUUGCAAUGACAUGACCCCAGAGCAAAUGGCUACAAAUGCAAACUGUUCCUCCCCUGAACGACACACCAGAAGUUAUGAUUAUAUGGAAGGGGGGAAUGUAAGAGUCAGAAGACUUUUCUGUCGAACUCAGUGGUAUAUCAAGAUUGACAAGAGAGGCAAAAUAAAAGGAGUACUGGAGCGUAACAGCAACUACAGUAUUCUCGAAAUAAGAACAGUGGCAGUUGGAAUAGUGGCAAUCAAAGGAGUGGCAAGUGAAUACUUUCUCGCCAUGAACAAGUCUGGAAAACUCUAUGGAAAGAAAGUAUGCAAUGAGGACUGCAACUUCAUAGAACUGAUUCAAGAAAACCAUUAUAACACAUAUGCUUCAGCAAACUGGACACACAAAGGGAAGGAGAUGUAUAUUGCAUUGAAACAUAAUGGUGCCCCCAAGAGAGGUCAAAAAACAAGUAAAGAAGACACAUCUUCCCAUUUCCUUCCAUUCCCAGUAUCCUAAUCGUAUACUAUCUAUGGAGAACCAGUUCCAGCAAACCACUUUAAUGUUGAAAGGGGACUGUUUGAAAGUGCAAGGAAGAGAAGCUGGAAUACUACUGAAAAAACUGAACAAGCUGGACUUGCGCAUUUAUGUUUAUUUUUAAAAGACUGCCUUUAAAAAACGAAGAUAAGGCUACAUCAGAUUUAGUAACUAAAAGUUGUAAAAAAUUGUAAAGAGUUGUACAAUCCUUAUGUUAGUAUAAGAGUAGCUUUGCAGAUUGUUAAGUUAAAUUUACCCUUAUGCGUUAAGUCAUGACUUGAUUAUCUGACGAUAUUUUAUUUAAAAUAAACCUAUCUGCUUAAUUAAACAUGGCUGCUAUAAUAAUAAUAAUAAUAAUAAAGCAGAUGAAAAUGUUAUGUAAAAUAUGUUGGACUUGAUGGCUGCUGGAAUGAGUCUUCAGAUGAUCAAGUCAGUACUAAGCGUGGAGGCUGAGCAGUAUUAAAUACUUUCCAGGAAAAAUGUAUAAGUAUUAAAAUAAUUUGAAAUUGGAUUACUGUGGUAUUCAGACAAUAAAGCUAGUAUGGAAGGUGAAGGUUGCACCACUGCCAUGUAUUCGUAUGUAUUAGUAAGAAUGCCUAAUGCUGCUCUGAAAGAUGUUACAAAAAUAGUGUAUAUGAAAUAAUAUUAAUAAGGGAAAUGUAUUUCAUCUCACUUUCCUCAAAAUAUCCUUUUAUAUAACGACGAAGUAAAAAUUCAGACAUCAUAUGGGUUUUUAUGUAACAUAACCUAUCUUUUUAUAUAAUUCCUGUUAGGGUAUAUGGCUUCUAUUUUUUUCACCUAUUC